CAGACCUAACCGGAUGUUGACAUUUGUCCGGAAGUAUGGCGGAAGGUGGAGACGAGAAUGAAGACAACCCGUUUUCUUUUAAGAAAUUUGUUGUCCCAAAAGAAGCGGAGCAAAACAAAUCAGAAGAAGACAUAACUCCAACACAGAAUGGUCAGGUCCUCGAUAUUUUGCCUGACAUUGGUGAUUCGUCAAACAAAAACCGGCGCAAAGACCGCGCAACCUUGGUCAUAUCUGAUGAUGAAAAACCAGUAAAUGCUAGUAGUAGUAAUCAGAGACCCAAAAAGAAGAAAAAUGGAGAUGCGAAUCCAUUUUCAUUCAAGAAGUUUUUAUCUGGAAGCUCGUCAAGUGCAGGAGCUCGCCCAAAAACAUAUAAUAAUACUCAAAAUAUUGGCAAUAGCAGUCCUCGGGUAGCUCCAGACUUUGCCAGUGAUUUGCCUGAUUUUGUGCAGAACCAUUUUAGUGAUCAUACUCAUGACUUAAAUCUACCCGACUUUGCCAUUUCUAGUCAGCCAAGUAAUAAAGCAGGGUUAAAUUCACAUAACAAUGAAGCUCCUGGUGAUAAUAUAUAUAGUGCUGAAAGUGACAAUCAUGUGAACUCUGACCCUGAGCCAGUUGCUAUGGUAUCAGGUGGCACAAGGUUGCCAGAUUUUUUAUCUGAUGGAAUAUUAAAAAAUGAUUGUGAUCAUAGUGACAAUAGAAUUUCUACUUUAGAAAUAAAUGGAGAUUAUGAACUAGAACUAAGGAGGUUACGAGAAGAAAAUUCCUUGUUACGCACACAGUUGGAAGAGGCAAGAAGAGAAGCUGUCACAGAGUCACAAAGAUGCCAUAAGAUGAAGAAAGAUAUGGAAGACUUACAGAAGAAAGAAGCAGAAGAGAAUACGGCUUUAGAGAAUAUGGUUCAACAGAUAGAGGCAAAUCUAACUAUUACAACAAAAAGAGCAGUACAAGCAGAAACUACAGUCAGCAAACUACAAUCUGAUGUCAAAGGAUUACAGAAACAAGUUUCAUCAUUAAGAUCAGAGAAUGAUUUACUGCGAUCAGGGGACCACGGUUUGGCUGAGAUCAGAGAGAGGACAAAAUAUUCAUCAGAACAAUUAGCCAGUGCAGCUAACACUGCUGAACAAAGUUUAAAACAACUUCUACAAGGAGUUGAUCAAAUGAAGAUCUUAGCACAAGUAUUAUCUUCCAUAGAUAAGAUAUCUGAGGAACCAGUAGAGGACCAGCAUACAGAUGGACAAAAUUCUAAAAAUAAACAUAAGCAGAAUAAAAAAACUGACAAAGACGUUACAUGACGUGGGGUGAUAUUUUCAUUGGUGAUGUAAAAUGGGACUCAGUCUCAAUUUCAUAAUCAGCCUCGCUUUUAUUUUGAUUUUCAGUUUCAUAUUUGUUAAUUUAUUGAUACAAAUUGUUAAAACAAUUGAGGCUUAAACAAUGAAAACAAAAUUUAAAACUGGAUUAAGAUGAACAAGAAAGUCCAAAAUAACUAUCGCAAAAUGAUGAAAUUUGAGUAGUUAUAAUCUCAUCUUGAUGCUCAUCAUGUACUUCAUGUGUUUAAAGGAAUAUCUUGAUCAUUAUUCCAUCAUCUAUUAAAUAUCAGCUUCCCCAUCUAUAAUCGUAGCUUUUUUAUUAUUAUUAUCAAAGGAGAUGGAGUUAUUUUUGAUUGACCAUAUGUUAUUAUAUUUAAAUUUGAUUGCACAUCCUAAAAUGUUUUAUCACCUAGCAGAGAAGGCUUAAAACUGGUUGAUUUGUCAGUUUGUCAUUUACUGAAGCUUAUUUAAGUUUAGAUAAUCUUGCAAUAUUUUUCAUAAGUACACAUUUUAUUGUCAGCAUCAGUCAUCAUUGUUUAAUCCUUGUGAGAAAAAUGAAUCAGCUGUUAGUCUUCUGUAUUAUUUUCUCAUGUGGAAAUUAAACACUGAACCUGCAGUGAUAUAUUUUUGCCAUUUACAUAAUGUGUCCAGAAAAUUUCUCCAACUAAGAAAUGUAUCAAUUUAUACCAGCUAAGUAUCAAAAUUAGUGAAUUGCAAAGGUCUAGAAACCAAAUAUUGACCAUGUGUGAUUACCGGUAUUAAAAAUUUAUGUUGAUUCAAUUAAGACCUGUAAAAACUGUUAUAAACAGCAAAAACAUGACAGAUAUACAGUACACUCUUAAUGCAUUAGACAAAAUGUAAAAAAAUAUGUUUAUGCAUGAUGCAGAUUAUUGUUCUAUAAUAAUAAAUAUAUGAACACUUAUGAAUGAGUGAUCUUAAACG